UCGCCGGGCCCCUGCGCAUGGGGGGCCGCCCUGGACAUGCCCUUCUCCCUGCCGGCGGCGCCGCCGCUCCUCGGCUUCGCUCUCCUGCUGCUGGCGGCGGCGGGAAGGUCCCUCCCGCUGAGGCAGAGUUCAGACGGGUCCCUCUCAGGGGUUAUGCAGAAGUGGAAGGAGUAUCAGCUCCAGUGUCUGAAAUAUUUGUAUGAGGCACCCCCCAUUGCGGCAGAAGGCAAGUUCUGCAACAGAACAUUUGACAACUACGCCUGCUGGCCGGAUGGACUGCCCGGCACCUAUGUCAAUGUCAGCUGCCCCUGGUAUCUCCCCUGGGCUAAUGCAGUGCUGCACGGGCAGGUGUACCGGUUUUGCACCCCGGAGGGGACGUGGCUGCUGAAGGAGAAUUCGACCCUGCCCUGGAGGAACCUGUCUGAGUGCGAGGCCUCUGACCAGGAUGCACCAGAAGAACAGCUCCUGAAUUUGUCCAUCAUAUACACCAUUGGAUAUGCUCUUUCCUUCUCUGCCCUUGUAAUAGCAACUGCCAUUCUUCUUGGAUUCAGACAUCUGCAUUGCACGAGGAAUUAUAUUCACCUGAACCUCUUCACCUCUUUUAUCCUCCGGGCUAUAUCUGUCUUCAUUAAAGACUCGGUGGUGAAGUGGAUGUACAGCACAGCCACGCAGGAGCACCAGUGGGAAGGACUUAUCUCCUUCCAGGAAUCUCUCAGCUGCCGCUUGGUCUUUGUGAUGAUGCAGUAUUGCGUGGCUGCCAACUACUACUGGCUGCUGGUGGAAGGCAUGUACCUCUACACCCUGCUGGUACUUUCAGUCUUUUCUGAGCAGAGGAUUUUUCGGCUUUAUCUCUGCAUUGGCUGGGGUGUGCCAAUGCUGUUUGUUAUCCUCUGGGGAACUGUCAAGUACCUUUAUGAAGAUGAGGGUUGCUGGACCAGAAACUAUAACAUGAAUUACUGGCUGAUCAUCAGACUGCCCAUUCUCAUCGCCAUUGGGGUAAAUUUCCUGAUCUUUAUCAGAGUUAUAUGCAUCAUCAUCUCCAAACUACAGGCUAAUUUGAUGUGCAAAACUGACAUAAAAUGCAGGCUGGCCAAGUCUACGUUGACUCUGAUCCCGCUGCUGGGGACCCAUGAGGUCAUCUUUGCCUUUAUUACUGAUGAGCAUGCCAGAGGGAUGCUGCGCUUUGUGAAGCUUUUUACUGAACUCUCCUUUGCUUCUUUCCAGGGGCUGAUGGUUGCAAUUCUCUACUGUUUCAUCAAUAAUGAGGUUCAGAUGGAGUUUCGGAAAAGCUGGGAGCGCUGGAGAUUGGAACAUUUGUAUGUCCAGAGAGACAGUAGUAUGAAACCUCUAAAGUGUCCAGCCAAUAGCAUCAGUAGUGGAGGCACGGUAGGCAGUAGUGUCUAUGCUGCCACUUGUCAGGCCACGUUCAGCUAAGAUUUCUGCAGGUGAAUCAGACUGAGAACAAUGGACUGUAUAAUAUACCUGAAAACCCUUAAAUACCCAAGCAAGUGGCUUAAGUAUGCCAUCUCCAGCAAGAAACUUAAGCAUAUGCUGCUCAUUGCCUGCAGGCUGUUGGACAAAGGUUUCUAGGGAAAGCAAUCUGCUAAUGUAAUCAACACAUCAGAGGAAAAAUUUAUCACAUCUAAAGUAAGUUAAGAAUUUCUUCCUGUUUGCACACAAGGCCUCCAGGUGUCCAAAACUUAGGCAUAGCAUUGAUCCAGUCUGAAACCACAGGGUCAAUGGCUUAUUACUGUUGAGUGGGCGAGCUGAGUGAUCAACUGAUUAAAUUACAAGGAUACAGAAUAUGAUUAUUGCCAAAAAAUACAUCUAGACUUUUAUGGGGAUAAGGCAAGGUGCUAUCACUAGUUUUAGAAACAGAGAACUUAGUGGGACACAACUUGUGUUUUAGGAAAAAAUCAGUUUUGUGGUAAGAGCUUCCUAAAGCUAAAGUUGAAAAUGUGCUUACCUGUUUUCUGGGUAGGUGAAGAACAGCAUCCUGAAGGUCUAUCAAUACAGCAGGGAGCGUGGCACACAAUUCUGUAUGCUCUUUUUAAGCUUCACUUGAAAAAAAAAAUAAACCAAAACCAGUAUCUGGUAGGGGCCUCUUCUGUUAUUAAUAGGUGUGCAUUAUCUCUUUUGGUAUGGAUGGAAAUAUCCCCUGAAUGCACAGCCCUCCUGUUGUUAUGUGGUACUCUGCCUCUGGCACACGGGUGUUAACAGGGACAGGGUAAUGACACGCGCCUCAAGAGGACACUUUCUUUCUAAGCUGUGCUCUGCUUCUUGUGGGGGGUAAACGCACAGAAGUCAGCUUGCGGCCACAGCUGGCCUUUACCAGCCUCCACCUCUUUGGAGAAGAUGCGGUGGUUCGCGGUGUGGGCUCGCUUUUGGUUUCUCUUUCUGCAGACGAGGGGUGCCUGCGGACGCAGCUGCGCUCAGGGUGGCGGGAAGGCGCCUUUCCGGCAGGAUGCGGGUUCAGCACGGCGGACAGCUCCCGGCCCCCGCCCUGCCUGAGCCGGGCUGCCCUCCUCCUCCUCCUCCUCCUCCUCCUCCUCCUCCUCCUCCACAGCCCGUCCGCCCUCAGUGGGAUUCAAAAAAUCCACCCCCAGAAAAACAACCAAAUAAAAAAAAACCCCACGCUAUCCUAAACUCAACGGCCUUUUUCUCUGUUUAAAACUGCCAGGGCUCUUGCAGUGCGCGCGUCUACACUGCUGAUUAUCUGUUACCCUCCCUGAUGUUUACAAGAGUUGCUGGGGAAGGAAAAAAGAGAGGUACCUUUACAAGCAGGGCGUGAUCCAUUGCAUCACUUAAUAACAAGCUUUACAUAGCUUUACUUGGCUGUUAUUUGGCCUCCCUUGACAAGAAAGAGACAAGGUGCUAAAGACUAGCUCUGAGAAUAUCCCUGUCCAUAGCCGCCUUGUAAUAAGUAACUUCCAUGGCGUAGCAGUUAGACUACUCAGCAGAGAGAAAAAAAGAAGAAAAAAAAAAUCCAAACUAUUUCCAAGUCUCUCUUUGCACUUGCAUUCACAUCCCCCAUUGCUAAGAAAGUGGACUGGAUAUUCUGGGAUGUAAUUCAGGAUCUUUCCUGCCUGAAGCUAGAUUGCUUUGCAUGGCGUUAUUUAAUCAUUGUAUUAGAAUCCAAAUUGCCAACAGGGUGGAUUAGUUUUACAGUCAUCAGGUAAAAAUUGAAUUACAGAGGAUGGGUUACCUUCUUCUGACAUAAUGCUUGUAAUUGAGCUCCAGGGGGAAAGUCUGACAUGUUUGUAGAAAUCCACCACAGUUCUCAGGCUGGCUUACGUAUGUUUAGCGUGCUGGCUUCUACGCAGGCCAACACUGAUUGCAGAGUUGACCUUGCAAUGAAGCACCUCAGGUUCUUCUGUAAAUUUAAUAACUAGCUUCUGUGUUGCGUGACCACCAAUACAAUACCUGACUACUACGUGCGUAUGUUAACUCCUGUCCUGCAAUUCAGUUCACUAGCUUCCUGUAUGUAGAGAGUACGCUUGAUGCUUCUACUUAACAUCUACCCUUAAGUGUUUUGAAUAGGAAAAAAAAUGAUAAAGUUAGUCGCUGGUAGGUGAACAGGCAGCAUGAUGACAGAUGAAAUUUACAGCUCUACGAUAAUGCACGCUGGAGGGAAUAAUUUUGCUCGUGAGCAUUCAAGAGUGGGUGCUAGCUAGUUUUUCAGGGCCCUGCUUAGUUGUGUGCAAACCUGUGGGGGGAAAAAAAAAGUUUCUGCUACUUGUGCAGGUGUUAGCAAGGUGAUAGUUUUGCUAUGACAAUAGGAAGUUACAGAGGUGCUUUAACUCACUAUUAUGCUGAAGAAAGUAUACCUAACAAGUGAAAGAGGACAGACAUAGGAACAAAGGGUAUUUACGUGUGUAGUAAUAAACCCAUACUUAGUUGCUGUCACAAGAGUCAUGCAACAGUUUGAUAAGCUUUUUUUUGCCCCUCCUAGUCGCUUAAGAACUGAGGGCUUUGGGCCCAUGAGAAUAGCUGCAGCAGCAGAUGUCAAACUCACCUUUGUAACUUCUGCCUUGUUAGAAUCCAAGAGAAAAAUAAGAUGACAAAGUGAGAUCUUAGCGAAGCAGAGGGGUGUGGUGGAAUUUUUUUUUCCCUCACUGAUUAAGCUCUCACUCCUUCAAACCUUUGUAAAUCCCCACUAAGUGCUGAGGGAACAACUCAGUGAAAGUAAUUGCCUCCAAAGCAGAAUUACAGUAAUUGUGUAUU